AUGGAUCACCCAUCGUCGCCACGUCGAGCUCCGGUGGUGGAGCUGGCCCUGUCUCUGUCUCUGUCCCGGGCGGCGGCGGCGGCGGCGGAGAGCAACGUUGACCACCUCCACGAGCAGUGGGAGGCGGCGCCGACGGCGCGCGUGGACGGUAAGGAAGUCCGGCUGUUCCAGUGCCUCUUCUGCGACAGGACGUUCACCAAGUCGCAGGCGCUCGGCGGCCACCAGAACGCCCACCGGAAGGAGCGCGUCGCCGGCGCUAGCUGGAACCCCUACGUCUACGACCCCGCCGCCGCCGCCGUGUCCAUACCCAUCGCCUCGCACGGCGUGGCUACUGCCGGCGAGUGGAGCGGCGCCGCCGUCGACAAGCUCAACAGGGCAAGGGCCGCCGGUUUUGCUGGCCCGAAAAGGGGUUCUUCUACCAUGGGCGCCGUCACCGGCGACGAGCUCGACGUCGAGCUCUACCUCCACCUCUAGAUCCUCUAGCUAGCGUGCGUGGGUACGUACGUCU